AAAUAUGUAGAAUUGGGAAGUGGCGAAAUGCGUCUGCCGCUGCAGCAACAAAAAGAAUAACAGAAAUAGCUAAGUAUUUUUUUGAAUUAACUCAAUAUCUUGCCUCUAUAGAGAGUUAUUCUUUAUAUGAAGGGCAUUAUAACCGGAUCAAAAAAAAAUUGAAGUUUUCUAUUGACGACGUUGAGCCGCAAGUUCCUGAAAAGACUUUUGCCAAUUUUGGCAUUCAAAUAGAUUUGUUUGAAAAAGCUUGUGUUGAUUUUGAAUCCCAA